GCUCCCACGAUGGUCCGCUUCCUGCAGAGAGAAGCCGGAGACUCCUCAGUGCCUGCGGAGCUAGGCAUCUGAGGCGGAACGUGCUCGCGCGCUCUUCGGCAUCCGCGGGUUCCUCAGGAUGUCAGCUUCAGUCCCACAGGGCCAUAACCGGACCCGGCCGAUGAAGAAAGAUGAUGAGGAAGAAGACCCGCUGGACCAGCUGAUCACCCGCUCUGGCUGUGCUGCCUCCCACUUUGCAGUGCAGGAGUGCAUGGCCGAGCACCAGGACUGGCGUCAGUGCCAGCCACAAGUGCAGGCCUUCAGGGAUUGCAUGAGUGCACAGCAGGCAAGGCAGCGGGAGGAACUGCAGAGGAGGAAAGAGCAAGCCAACGCCCAUCACUGAGACCCUAAACCACCACCCACAGGCUGCCCCUGAAGAAAUAAGCACCCACAGAGACCCUGGAAGAGGCAACCCUAAGUAGUAGAAGUGUGCAACAGGAGGUAUAAAAUCUGGGGACAGUCUUUGGACUGGGGUGAAAGCCACACACCAGGCAUUUGCACAUGACAGUCACCAUGAACUGUUUUACACUAUGGUCAGAUCAUAUGUAUCUUCGUCUUUCCUGUUCCACCAAUAUUUGUAUUUAAAACAAGUGGGAUAUAGGCCACUUCCUCUGCCCCACCUGGAGUCAGUGUGCCAAGUGCUUUCUAAGUAAAUUCACAACCUAAAGGUAAAUUGGUUGCCCAAUCAGGCCUUCUUUUUUCAGCCACAAAUUUAACAACAGAAAGUAUUUCUAAGGCAGUGUGUUAGUAAUGUGCAAUUCAAAGAGUAAUAUGACCUUCCUGCUGCUUAGAGACUAGUGUGAGAGGCAGAAAUAAAGCCACACUCAAACAGCGAA